GAUGUCCUGUGUGUGAAGUAUUCCCCAGACCAAAAAUUCAUUGCGGUUGCCUUGUUGGACAGCACGGUGAAGGUGUUCUUCGCAGACACACUCAAAUUCUUCUUGUCCUUAUAUGGACACAAGUUACCAGUACUGACAAUGGAUAUAUCAAGUGACAGCUCAUUAAUUGUGACUGGAUCGGCAGACAAAAACAUCAAGAUAUGGGGCUUGGAUUAUGGUGAUUGUCAUCGUUCAAUCUUUGCUCAUGACGAUAGCAUCAUGGGAAUUCAGUUUGUACCCAAGACCCAUCUUUUCUUUACCUGCGGAAAAGAUGGUAAAUUGAAGCAAUGGGAUGCUGACAACUUUGAAAAUAUCACAACAUUGGAGGGUCACCAAGGAGAAGUCUGGUGUCUGUCCGUCAGUCCAAGUGGCAACCAUGUAGUCACUGCAUCACAUGACAAAUCACUGAGAUUAUGGCAACGAACAGAGGAACCACUAGUACUUGAAGAGGAGCGAGAAAACGAACGAGAAAAGGAAAAUGAAGCAGCAGUGGCUGAACGUGACACUGAAGCUGUGGUUGCUGGGGAGACAGCGGUGGAAGCAGUUCUAGCUGGUAAAAAAACAGUGGAAACUGUGAGGGCAGCAGAGAGGAUAAUGGAAGCGAUUGAACUGUUCAAGGGAGAAAGGGCGAAGGUUAUAGAACACCAAGAAAAGAGUAAAGCACUUAAAAAACCUCUUCCAGCACCUAAGAUGCAUCCGAUUCUAGAGGCUCUUGGAAACGUUUCUCCUACUCGAUAUGUUUUAGAUGUUAUCAAGAAAGUGCGAUCAAGGUGUGUCAAUCAUUUCAAUAUUUAUUUAACCAAACCUGAAUAUCCAACACCUUUUGUUUUUAGUUCCUUUUGUUAGAUAAAUCUGUACUCA